ACAUGUUUACAUUCUCUCUCUCUAUCUCUGUUAUCUCUCUCUCGCGCUCUUGCUCUCUCGCUCUUUGUGCAGACACAGAGGGCUGUGAACACACGUGGAAGAAGUUCCAUGGCCACUGCUACAGGUACUUCAGCCGCAACACAACCUGGAGGACGCAGAGAAGGACUGCAGGGAGCACAGCGGACACCUGGCCAGCAUACACACACUCCACGAGCAGGACUUCAUUCAACGAUCUGAGCCAUGACAACACCUGGAUCGGCCUGAACGACAGAACAGUAGAGGAGGAUUUCCAGUGGACUGACAACAUGGACCUGCAAUAUGAGAACUGGCGGGAAAAGCAGCCGGAUAACUUCUUUGCGGGGGGAGAGGACUGUGUGGUGAUGAUCGCCCACGAGAACGGCAAGUGGAACGAUGUGCCCUGCAAUUACAACCUGCCCUACGUCUGCAAGAAGGGAACAGUGCUGUGUGGGAACCCACCCAACGUGGAGAACGCCUUUCUGAUUGGCCGUAAGCGGUCCCACUAUGACAUUCAUUCAUUGGUGCGUUACCAGUGUGCCAAUGGGUUCCUCCAACGUCACGUCCCCACGGCCAAGUGUCGUGCCAACGGCAAGUGGGACCGGCCCAAGAUCAUCUGCACAAAGUCCCGGCGAGCCCACCGCUACAGACGGCACCAUGAUCACAGCGGGCGAUGGGAGCGUAAAAAGCACAAUCAACACAGCCAUGGACACAAUGAGGGAGGCCACCACGGAGGAGACCAGGGCCACAGGCACGGCCAUGGACACGGAGGCCACCACGGAGGGGACCAGGGCCACAGGCACGGGCAUGGGCACGCUCAUGCUCACAUCUGAACCAAAAGCCUCCACUGCCCAAACUUCACCUCACUGCCCAGUCUCCCUCCUCUACUGCUCUCUACCCCCUGUCUACCCCCUCUCCUGCCCUUUUCCUGACCCCACAGCCUGGCUCCCCGAGCCAGCAUGUAUCAUACUCAACUCUGAGGCCUGACAGCCGACUGCUAGGCCUCACUGAGACAAUAACAAUCCCUUUGUACUAUUUUCUUUACCUUCAACACUUUCCUUUUCUUUCAUUUAUCCCUCCCCCUUCACAACCUACUGUCAUCGAGUCAGUGAGGACCCAAGAUACGGGGCUUUGCUCACCUAAUAAAGCUUUUUUUUUUUUUACAUAAACAAUUGUGGAGGAGGAGGUUUAGUACAAGCUGUAAAUAGGGACAACAUCAUUGGAAUCAGAAGUCGAGGAAUAGAUAGAUACAUAUAUCCAUGUUUUUCCAUUAGUCUUCAUUCUAACACCUUUAUUUUUAAGAGACUUGUUGUCUGAGUGUAUUUCCCAAAUUUGCUGUUUUUGGUUAGCUCUUUGUAAGACAUUUGACUUGAUAACCUACAACAGUUAUUCUGAACAGAUUGACAUGCUUUGCUUUGACACUGGUGCUUGUACCGAUUGAGUAGCGUUGUGUUUCAUCAUUGUAAGACAGACACUUUGGACUGUGUGUACUAGGUGCACAGAGGAAAAGAGAGACAACUCACACUUAGCUUGUAUCUGAGUCAACCUCACACCACUGAGGUCAAAUCAAAUCAAGCAUCCACAGCAGUCCUUUUUAAAGCUGAACUGGAAAUGUUACUUUAAUGGUUUCUUCUAACAAUAUCAUCCUACUGUAUGUGUUGCCUUUCUAAGUCAUUCUGUGUUCCUGCUUAAGUACUAGAGGAGAUUGCUAGUUGGUAGUCGAGAAACCCAACCCAGAAAAAUUGUUACCUUUGGAACUGGCCAGAUUGUGAUUGAGUCUGGUUUUCCAGCUAGCUAAUAGGCAAUGAUCCUUCAUUAGAAUCCUCUCAUGCCUAUCACCACACUCUCCUAUUCCAUCGGUGUCUCUAAAUUGAAGGUCUGUUCAUCGUCUAUCUUAGAGCUCUACUUCUCUGGCCAGCUGAGGAGAAAUUGUUCUGUCAGACUGUCAGAGAGAGAGAGAGACGGACAUGUGGAGAAAUAGAGAGAGAAAAAGAGAGAGGAGCAAGGAAUCCGGACUCUUAAUUACAGUUGGCCCCGUUCUCCAGCACAUCAAACAGAGGGAUGACAGGGCUCUCUGUGCAGCCGUCGGGUACAGAGCUGGGGCCAUAAUUAGCUUCAGAAAGUACUGCUAAUAGGACAUGGGUCCAUAAAGUCGGGAUGACUACCAGAAGAGACCUGGGCUGGGGGGGCAAAGAACCAGAGCUGUUGGAGAAGGCAGAGGUGGCUGGGUUCAGAGCCCAGUCUCAGUGCGGGUUGUGUGGGGUUAACAGUGGGGCGACAGGACCCACAGAAGAUGCUUGAAAAAUUAUAGAUGGUUAGAAGCGAUAAAGCACUUUUGUAUUUCUGGACAUGGAGGCAAUUGGCUGUUGUUCACAUUGUUUCACAAUAGUACUCACUCCAGGUGUGUGUCCUGGUUUUAAACAGGUCUACUGCAGCAUGCAGCCCGGUCCGGCUGGGAUAAGACCCGGGCCACCUCCUCUCUGCUGCCGCUAGAAAAUGAGACACGUUUUCUUUUUCACUGCAGGGUCCGACUGAUUCUCUAAAGCUCCUUUAUCACCUUAUGUAAUUCCUCUGAGCUUAAAUCCCCCUCUUUCUCUUUCUUUCUCUCCUCUCUCUUUUUGCUCUGUUUCUCUCUCUCUCCUUCCCUCGCUCCUCCAGUUCUUCCCUUGUCUUUCAUCCUCAGCCCUUUAUCCACCUUGUCAAUGACACAGAUGGGGAAGAGAAAGAAGAGAGAGGCUCCAUAUCAGUACAAUUCAUCUCCCUUAAAGCAUGCUUAAUUAAUGAAGAGGUUAUCAUCUUGAUCUUUGACCCUGGCUGUGAUGACAGUGGCUAUGCUCUGACGGAUAGGGAGCCACAGGCCUUUCACAGCACUCAAGCUCUGACGUCUUUAACAUGUCAGUCUAAUACCUGCUUUUUUCUAUCUGUCUACUAUUCCAGAUAUUUCAAACAAUGGAUUGA